UUGAAGAGACCAAUUAGCCACUACAACUGAAAUACUGACUUCCUCUUUCCUUCUGAAAAACUCAAAGAGUUUUUCUCCUGGGAGGAGAAGCAAAAUCAUCCUCAAGGCUAAGAGAGCAAAGGACCCAGCCCUUCUAGAACAUUAAUUGCUGGUAGAUGAUCUCAGCACUCAAGAUAAGCAAGCUUUAAAGCAUGUGAGUCAAACAAGAAGUCUGCAAGUACACAGUGACAGAGAGACCGUGGGGCAAUGGUGUUCCCCAAGUGGCCCUUCUUGUUCCUGUGCCUUCUGACUGGUUGGGGCUGGACUAAUGAAGUUCCCCACAGAACAACAAGUGAAAUUGUUGAUUAUAUGAAGAGACUAGAAACUCGACACUUCUCUCGGAGGGCUCAAAAUAGCCAAAGAUCAAUUCAGUUAUUGGAGGCUAUGCUGAACAAUGUCAUCUUCCCUAGUGUGAAUGUCACUCUUCAGACCAACAGCAUCCAGUCUCUGGUCUUCAAGCUCACCUGUGACUUCUCUGGACUCAUAAUCAAGGAUUCAUACCUACAGAAGGCCACCACCAGGCAUGUCAUGCAGUUCCCCGCUGAGCUGACUCAGCAAGCCUGCGCAAAAAGGAAGGCUUCCCCGGAGCUGCGGUUAAUCUGUAUCUACUUUGACCAAAAACAUUAUUUCCAGGAUGACAAUAAUAGUCUACUGCUCAACAAUAAUAUCCUAGGAGCCAGCUUGGUGAACCAUAGUGUGUCCAACCUGAAGCAGAAUAUAAACAUCAGCUUUUGGCACAAUGAAAGCCUGGCUACAUAUGACUUGAUGUGUGUCUUCUGGAAGGAAGGAGCAGGAAAAGCCAGUUGGGGUGCCUGGAGCACUGAGGGAUGCAAGACCGUGCAGGUAACACCAUAUAAAGUCCUGUGCCAAUGUGACCACCUCACUUACUUUGCUGUCCUCAUGAAACUCUCAUCCAGCAAAAUUAGCAUAGAGCUACUGGAUCCGCUCACCUACAUCUCCAUUGUGGGCUGUAGCUUAUCUAUUGUGGCUUCGUUGCUCACCAUCCUACUCCAUUUCUAUUCCAGAAAAAUCCUUGGCUGCUUCUGUAAAACCUUCAAUUUGGGGAUCAUAGAGAAUUCCAGGGGGCCACCCACAUCUCAUUUCAAGAAGAAGAGAGAUUCCACAACCUACAUCCACAUAAACCUACAUGUGUCUGUCAUACUCUUGAAUGUCACCUUCCUGCUCAGCCCUUCUCUGGUCUUCCAGCCAAUAGGGUGUGUGGCCAUGGCUGCCUUGCUGCACUAUUCCCUGCUCAGCUGCCUCACCUGGAUGGCCAUUGAGGGCUUCAACCUCUACUUGCUCUUUGUCCGAGUCUAUAACAUCUAUAUCCGGAGAUAUAUCCUCAAACUCUGUGCCUUAGGUUGGGGGUUUCCUGCCAUCAUAGUGCUUUUCCUCCUCCUUUUGAAGAGGUCUGCAUAUGGACCCUAUAAUAUUCCAAUAAAAACCAGCCUGGAGAAUGAUACCAACUCUCAAAAUGCUUCCAUGUGCUGGAUCAAAUCAGUGACAAUCCACCGGGUCUUUGUCAUGGGCUACGCAGGUGUUGUAUCCCUUUUCAAUCUGGUCAUCCUCAUAUGGGCAGUGAAGAUGCUCUGUGGUCUGCGCUCCCGGGAGAAGAAGUGGGAAUCACGAACCUGCCAGGACUUCACCACAGUCCUUGGCCUGAGCAUGCUGCUGGGGAUCACCUGGAACCUGGCUUUCUUCUCCUUCCAGGAAUUCCUAGUCCCUCAGCUCUUCCUCUUCACCAUCUUCAACUCCCUCUAUGGUUUUUUCCUCUUCCUGUGGUUCUGUGCCCAAAAGCGACACUCCGAUUUGGAGGCUGAGACCUCCAGCUCUUCACAAAUUCGGACUGGGCUCCUGAGCCACAAUUCUCCUUUCAGAGCUGCUCAGCCUUCUUCUGUCACUUGCUUGUCCAGUCUUCAUGGCAUAAGUCACCAAAAGGAUGAGGUGGAGAAGAAUAUGGGACAUAAGGAGGUGUUUACUGGCAAUUUCUUUAAUGAUCUCUCCUAGCAUUUUCCUGAGAAGCUAAGAAGAGCACUGGUAAGAUGCAAGGCUAAUGAGUUGUAGUUGGGGUAGAGUGGAAAAAGAAUAAUACUUGGAAAAAGACAACUUGAACUUGAGCUCUGGUUGUGAAUCCUACUCUUUGUUGAUUUUGAUCUGCUGGUUUCCUUAGAGAUGUGGAAGCUGUGGUGAGACUCUCUUGUUAAACCUAAUUUUGCACCCUCCCCUCCCCCCAGCCCCAGAUCUACUCCUAGAGCAAGCACACAACCCCAAAACCUCAAUAGCACAGACGCUGACUAAUGGAAACUGCUGAUAUUUCCCCAAAACAUCAAGAUUACUCCUCAAUUCAAAAAAUAGCUUUUAGGGGCUAUGUAUGCUUCACAUUAUACUUGAAUAUGUUUGAUUUGCAGUAUUUUACCAUUAACUUGCUGAGUGAUCUUGGGCAAGGUAUUUCUCAACCAGGGUCUCUGUUUCCUUAUCUGUCAGAUGGAAAACUUCAGAGUCACAGAUUUAGAGCUGGAAAAGAUCUUAGAGACCAUUGGGCCCCACUCCUUUAUUUUACAGAUGUGGGAACUGAAGCACAAAAAGGUCAAAUGACUUUACUGAAGGUCGCCUAGCUAAUAAGUUUCUGGGAAAGGAUUUGAAUUCAGGUUUUUCUGAUUCCUGGGCCAGCUCUCUACUCACCACACUUUGUAGUUGCCUUUAGUAUGUAGUCUAUCUCCAUCCUACCAUUAGAGGAAAUACUAGGGAAUCUCAUUUGGUUCCUCUUAUGCCUAACUGUGCACUGGGUAUUGCUGCUGGUCAUCUUUUUCUGAGUCUCUUGGCUUUGGCACUUCAGUGAGGACAGCUGAAAGAGAAAAGGGUGCAGCUGAAUACAAAAUAAUACAAAACCCAAUAAGUACCUCAUUCCUGAUGAGAUAUCAGAGAGAUUUUAGACAAAAUUUCGGGGUUUGACUGUGUUGAUCUGAGGAAACCAGAGCUCAGACAAGAUGACCAGGGUCUCAGAACGAUUGCUUUCUAACUUGGGGACAAAGUGUUUACAGGAAAGGAUUCCCUGCUUCCAAUAAUCCUUCUUUGCCCUCUGGGGAGGAGAGGGUGGUUAAGGGUCUCAAUUUCUCAUCCACAAACUGCAUCUUGGGCCAGAUUCUGCUGACUUUUCUUUUGUGCCCUCAUCCUCACUUAGCACUGAAGGAAACCAGAAGUUUCCCAUACUUGGACUAUCUUCUUAGUCUGGCUGCAUUUUCAGUAAGAUGCUAACAUGAAACCCUUGACCAGUCAUCCAGGAAGCCGCUAAUGUCCUUUGGUGGAAUCCUCCCUGAUCUUCUACAAACGUGGACAAAGGAGAAACCUCUGCUCUUAUCUUUUUCUGAGGGAUUAGGGGAGAUAGGAGCUAAGGAUUCUGGGUCCCUGUCAGAAGGGAACACUGGAGAUAUAGUAAGCACUUUAUAAAUACUUGUUAAUUAAUCAAACCUGGACAAAGGAGGAAACCCUACUCUUUUUCCUUUCUGAAGGGUUAGGGGAGAUAGGCUCUAAGGAUUUUGGAUCCCUGACAGAAGGGAAGUUUGGAGCUGAUAGAGAGAUCUGAGAGAAAGUAAGCACUUUAGUAAAUGCUUGUUGAUUCAUCAAGCCUGGAUAAAGGAGGAAACUCUACUCUGUCCCUUUCUAAGGGUUUAGGAAAGAUAGAGCUAAGGAUUCUGGGCCCCUGUCAGAAGGGAACAUCAGAAUUGAUAGACUUAGUAUAUAGUAAGCACUUAAUAAAUGUUUGCUGAUUAAUCAAGCAAACCAAGAGCUAAUUAAGCAAUUUUUACUUGCCUCUAGAGGCCUCAUCCUUUCCUUCUGUUCUCCUUCCUCCAAUUAUUUGAAUGUUUACAAUUUAUCCUACCUAUAAUUUAUUUAGCUAGAGUUGUUAUCUCCCCAAUAGAGUGUGAGAUUCUUGAAAGUAGGGAUUGUCUUUUGCCUUUCUUGAUAUACCCAGCACUUAGCACAGUGCCUAGCACCUAGCAGGAACUUAAUAAAUGCUUAUCGACUAACUCACUACAUAUAUACAUACAUUUUUCUUUCAUCGUGAUUCAGAUCUGGAACAUUCCAGUUGUCCUGUUCUGAACUUUCUGGGGUCCCUGGAAGGCUCCUCUAAGAUUCAGGGACCACAGACUUAUGGGCAAGUAGAUGAAUGGUAAAUUCUGCACUGGACUGGGAUAUGGGGGCCAUUUUUGCCUGACAAGACUUUGUCCUGGGAAUUCCAUAAGGGGUAUCUACUGACCCUUGUCAGAGACUCUCCCUGGCUCCAACAGAUGUAGCCUUUAUAGAGAAAGCCCUUUUUGGCUAACCCUGAGCAGAUCACAUAACUUUUCCAGACCUUGGUUUCCUCAUUUGUAAAUUGAGGGGUUGGCCUUUGAUGACAUCUAAGGUCCCUUCCCAGUUCUAAAGCUACAAUCUUCUCUCUUUUUUUUUUUAAUUUGAGCAAGCAACCUCUGCAAAAUGUCUUAGUUUGUUGCAACUUAAACAUUCAGGUUGCUUGCCCCUCAUCAUCUCUGAUCUGAGAAGAAACCACAAAAAGCAAUGGGGAGCAAGAAGAAUCAGAGCCAGAGAGUGGGAGUGCUCCUCCUUUGUCCACUUGAGGGGGGCGAAUGCUGCCCAAGUUCCUCAUGCAAUGGUAUUGAGAUGGGAAGAUGGAAUAUGUUUAUUUUUAUCAACC